AUGGGCCCGACUGGCGAGCCAUCGUCUAAGCUGUCAGAGAGAAAGAAGGACGCGCUGGCGCAGGCGGGAAGGCGGAAGCUUGAGGAGUUUAGGCAGCGGAAACGAGCCGCUGUGGCGUGCACAGGGGCAGGAGCCAAUGGUAUGCAGCAAGGGGAGGGGACACGUGAUCGGAAUCGUUCUAAGAAUCCGUUUCGUAUCCCGUGCUGCCUGAUUUCACCUGAAUUUCUGCAGCUCGAGGAGUUUCGCAAGAAGAAAGCGGCAGCGGCAGCAGCAGGGGGGUCUGCGACUUCCCGAACCGCCACUUCCGCUGCAGCUAAGCCAGCAGCCAAGCCCACUACCGCAGGGAAUCCGCCUCCGUCUCAGCAGCCGGUGCCACCUCGCACCACAGCCGCUGCUCCUCCCGCUAUAGGCCCACCCGCGUUUCAAUCACACCCGAAUUCCUUCGCUCCGCCCUCUCUAACACGGCCGUUGGUGCAGCCUGGCUUAGCCCAAGCUCCGGCAGCCCUACCCACGUUUAGGUCCGCCAACUUCCGAUCUCCUCUAACUCCCUUUUGGCAGCAAUCUCAGCCGUCCAUUUCAGCCACCAACGGCCUCCCCCACCCUCCGGGGCCCCCAGGUUCUGACGCAGCCAAUGCCGCCGCUCCACCUGUACCGUCGUCCGGGUUUCCCGCCGCGUCAACCGCCACGAGGCCGGCCGCAGGGAUGCAGCCGCUCCCGUUUGCGGCGAAGGGACCUCUGGUGACUUUCGCGAAACCUAGCGGGGUUACAGGUCCCGGUCCCGGUGGAGCACCCCCCGCUUCCGCGCUUUUUUCCGGACCGAGGGGUCCCGCUCAGCCUUCCCUCGCGCGGACGUUUUCCCCCCCGCGCGAGCCUUCUUUUCCCGCACAACCUUCCUCCCGAUCCGGUCUUGCGCCAGCCCCGCGAGUUGCGCCUCCGCCGCCUCCGCUCGCGCGCACCUUUUCCCCACCAGCGGAAAAGAAGGAGGGAAAAAGAAGGCUCGCGUCCGCGCAAAAGCCCGCCGGUGCACCUCCGCCUGCGUUCCUUGGCGCGCCAAGCCACCCACUUUCCGCCACCGCAGCCGCUGCGCCUAACCCCGCCAGGCCUUCCCUCCUCCGCCCCGCGGCGGAUGCGCAGCCCUCCCGCGCAUCCCCUCCGCCGCCCGCCUUCUCCGCGCCCCCGCCAGUGACGGUCGGGGGAGGCCCGGACGGCGCACGGGUCCGCCCGGAUUGGAUGGGGGGAGGGUCGAGUCAAGGCAAAGGGAUGGGCCCGCUUUGGGGGUUACAGGCCGCAGCUGCCGCCGCAAUAAGCGCUGGUAGCAGCACGGAUAAGAGGGGUGGAGGGGCGGAGGGAGAUGCAGAGUUACAGAGAAACGGCGGGCGGAAGGAUAAGGAGGAAGCCGAGGGGGUUACUCGUGUAGGCACGGCGGGGGGAGAAGCAGCAGGGGGCGGAUCAGCGUCGGAACGCGGUGCCAGGGAAAGAGACAGUGGGCAACACGGGAGAGACGCGGUAUCAUUUGCGGGAGGGGUGGGCGAAUCUUCUCAAACGCGCGUGGGAGGGUUUGGAGGGGGGAGGGAGAGAGAGGACGAUGCAGACGCUGAGAGCUUCUUUGAUUCUCUCUCCCCCGCCGUUUCCAAUCAAAGCCAUCAAAACCCGGAGGACCUGCUCUCCUAUGAGGUGCUGUCACCUGCCGAUAGCGAAUCCAGGCUACAGCAGGGUCGGGCGGCGGAAGGGCCAAAGGAAGCGGUUAACGAGUCAAAAGAAGCGGAGAACGAGGCGCACAGUAGGGCUGCAGAGGAAUUGCCUCCGGAUGCGAGUAUCGGGAGAUCGUCUGGCAGCGUUGGCGCUACAGGUGGUGCUGCCAACGCUGCUGAAUCAUCUGACCCAUCCACUCCCUCAGCCAACUCAGCUUCUACCUCCCAGGUGGUGGUGGUUCCGUCUGACUCCCAUCACAAUUCAUCUGCCUCUGCUCCGCCUCUCGUUGCCCCUCCUUCGGCCUCUUCCCUUCCUCCUCCUCCUAUGCUACCAACCUUCUUUAACCCUGCAGCACCGUCAGCUGCAGCCCCCAGGCCUGUGGUGAAGCCUGCUCGUGCGUCUUUCCUCCCCUCCGCCUAUACCUCCGCGCUCCCCUCCUCCUCCGCAGCCUCCGCUUCCCCCUCCGUCUUCGUUCCCUCCCGCGCGCCCCACCUCUCCGCCCCAGCUCCCGCGAUAGCUGAUGUCAGCUCCCCCAUUGCCUCUCUGGUGACGUCAGUCGCAGCCCCAACCAGCCAGUCCCCUGCUGCCACGCGUCAAGAGGAUAGUGGCGAUUCAAAGGCCAGUUUGAGCCCUGACUCUUCGUCUACUGUUCCUGCGUCAGAUAGUUCUGAAUCCCUGCGUUUUGCAGCGUCUAGAGGCACGGAUACGACUCAAGUGAGCGCUCCUCCUGAUACCCCUCCAUCAGCAUCUGAAUCUGCUGCUUUGCCCAGCCAGAGGGAAGGCACCACCGAGCCUUCUCGGGGCAAUGGCGACGCCUUGGUUGGUGCUGAACCGGUUUCUCCUAAGGCGCUGCCCCAACCGGUUUCUCCUAAAGCGCUGCCUCAAGAGGAGUUUUCCGUUGCUGAGAAGCUGAAAUCGCCGGAGAGGCCCAAGGGUUCUGCCUUUGCGCGUCUGUUCUCCGCUGCUCUUUCCCCGGCCCGGGGAAUGAUGAGGGGCGAUGGCGGCAGGGGCAGAGGGAGUGGGAGUGAUGCUAGGGCUUCGGAGGGUGAGGAGCAGGGCGGGCAGGGAGGGUCUCUGGAGGGGUUGAGGGAGGAGGAGGUGGAUAAUCUAGGGGCAGCGUUAGGGAGUGUGGGCGCAGGAGGGGACGGAGGAGCAGAGGGAGCAGCAGAGGGGAUAGGGGUUUCUAGCCAGGAGGCAGUGAGGCAAGGGCAGGUUCCUACUGGGAGUGAAGCGAGCCGGCAUGAGCUGGAGCUAGAGGGGCGUGAGCCUGCGAAGGGUGGUGAUUUGCGGGGGCAGGAAGCAGGGAAGGAGGCGCAGGAGCGAACCGGAGCAGCGGAAAGCGGGCAAGAGGGCGAGAAAAAGGAGGAGGGGGAGGUGAGCGGCGGGGGUGCGGAUGGUGAGGAGAGUGACGAGGUGAUUGGGAGGAAGAGCGAGGUCCAGAAAGGGGCGGAUGGGGGCCGUUACAGUUCAUCCCGCCGCCGACCCAAGUCCAUCUCCUCCUGGUGGAAUAUCAUCGCCCCUGCUCCCAAAUCAGAGGAGAGAACAGGAGGGACGAAAGGUGCGGAUGCUGGGGGCAGAGAGGAGCACAAAGAGGGAGAAGAAGGGGAGGAGGAGGAGGAUUGGGGUGGGGGACUGCUGACUGCGAAGGGAAACCUGGGAGGGCAGGGUCUAGGGGGAGGAAAGAGUUUGUCAGCCUCGGAUUUGAUCAACGUGGGGCAGGCUGUGAAAGGGGCGGGUGAUGGGACGAUGGGGGGUGAUAUGAAGAUGGGGGUUGAUGAGUUGCCUGCUGGGAGAUGGCAGUCGUGGGGUGAUAGAGGGCAUAGCCAAGGGGUCCAUGGUGGGCAGGUGAAAGGUCUGCAAGGGAAGGAUUGGGAGGAGCGGGAGGAGAAGCAGGUGAAGGAUUCUGGUGUGAAGGGGGAGGCGGUAUCUGGGGCAAAAGGGGAGGUGUACAUAGAGGAGCUUACAGAGGAGAAGUUCACGCUGCAGCGUGAGUCUAAUCACCUCGCUCUCCUUUCCUGCCCACUCACGGCCCCCCUCCUCCCCCCUCCCUGCACACAGUACAUAGAGGAGCUGACAGAGGAGAAGUUCACGCUGCAACGACAGCUGGAUGCGGCUCGCAUGGUGGCUGAGUCCCUGGCCAAAGAGAACUCUGCGCUUACAGAUGACUUCAACCGCCAGGCGAAGGGCUUGGAGCAGAUGAGGGAGGAGAUUUCGAAGCUCAAGGCUGAGGUGAAGGCACAGAAGGUGGUGAUGGAGUCGCAGGCAGUGAGCAAAGAAGCAGCUCACCACGAGUCCCUGGCGGCCAUCGAGCGAUCGCAGGCGCUGGCGGCCGAGGUGGUGGCGCUGGAGGAGAGGGUGCUGCGACUGCGAUCCAAUGAGCUGAAGCUAGAAAGGCAGGCGGAGGGAUUGCAAGCAGAGGCGGAGGCACAGCGACGUGCUGCAUCAGCCUUUGAGGCGGAGAGGAAGGAGCUGCGCGCCGCUGUGGAUAAGCUCAAUGAAGAGAAGCGCCAACUCAAGGUGCAGUUGAGAAGGGCGACAGUGGGCGGCACACUCGGCGACAUGUGGCGGGGGGACAGCACGUCCACGUCAGCAGCAGCGCCAGCUGUACCGUUCGUGAGCCAAUCAACGUCAACAGAUGAGCUGGAGGCUGCCUUCCCGAGCCAAGCAGGACCGUCUGCCGAGCCAGGAGUGUCAGGCUCAGCAUCUGUUGCCGCGGAGGCAGUUGCAGCAGGCUCGAGCACCGAACCAGCCUCUGGAGGCUCGGCAGCGGUAGCAAGAGAAGAUGGAGGCUCGGCCGGACCUGCAGUGGAGGAUGGGGAGGCAGGGGAAGAGGGGAGGAGGAGAGAGGAAGAGCGGGAGGCGCUAGGGGAAGCUGGAAGGAGAGCAGUGGCAGAGGUUCGGGCACUGUUCACGCGAAUGGAGGGUGACGGGCGGCAUAAUUUGGAGGAAGUGGGGGAACAGCUGGACGAGCAGAGGAGUGUUGAGAGCAUCAAUGCGCUGCUGGCCGAGAUGCAAGGAGAGAGGGAACGCAUGGCACGCGCACUCAAGGAGGAGGCUGCCACGUCAGCAGAGCUGCGGGCAGCAAACGAGGAGUUGUCUCACAAGCUGGCGAGUCAGACGCAGCACAUGGAACUGCUGGUGGCUCAGACUGUCAUGGCUGCUGCGUCCUCUGCCUCUCGAUCGGCCUCGGGCGUUUUCAACGCCCCCUUCCUCUCCCCAACUGCCAAGUCUCUCUCUGCGCCUCUGUUGAGCCAGGCAAACGGACAAGUGUCGCCGGCCGCUGCUGCGGCAGCCACUGCGCUGCUGGCAGGGGCGGGAAGGUUAAGUGAAGGCGGAGGGGGAGGGCCAGGGGGAGUGGGGUCGCCUCGAGCAGGAGCGGGGCUGGGAUCACCACGCACACCCGGUGCAUCAGGAUACACGGAGUUCAAUGACUACCUGGAUGAAGGGGACGAGGUGAGUGCGUCAGAUUCUGAGGUGAGUGUAGGUGGAGGGGGAGGGCCAGGGGGAGUGGGGUCGCCUCGAGCAGGAGCGGGGCUGGGGUCGCCACGCACACCUGGGGCGUCGGGGUACACGGAGUUUAAUGACUACCUGGAUGAAGGGGAUGAGGUGAGUUCGUAG